AUGAUGUCUAACCGGCAACUCGCGAAAGAUCUCCAACUUGAGUUCCAGGCGAGGUUUAACGCAAAACAAGCCCGCCGCGAGGCCCUCAAGGCCCAGAAGCAGGAUAAUGAACUGAAGAAGCAGAUCCAAAAUCUCCUCAAAAAAGGUGAAACCGCGCAAGCCGCCCAGAAAGCCCGCAUGCUUCUCGCCAAACAAGCCAUCGCCGCGCAAAUGGACCAAGCCGCCGACAUGGCCGAGCUGUCCCUCGCCCAGAUCCAAGCCAACAACGCGAUGAACCGCAUGACGGCCAUGAUGCAAGCCUCCAGCCGCACCAUGGCGCGUGCACAGGCGGCCGCCAACCCGGAGCGCACGCUUCUCACGUUGGAGCAGUUCCGCGCGCAGAACGAAGAGUACGCCAUGAGCAGCGGGAUCUACCAAGACGCGUUGACGCAGAGUACCAGUGUGCAGGUCAGCGAUGAUGCAGUGCAGGAGUUGUUGGGGAAGUUGGCGGAUGACGCGGGGCUGCAGUUGGGCGCCGAGUUGAAUGCGGCUAGCGCGAGUAAGGUCGAUCCGGCGAGCAUGCAGAAGGAGGAGCCGAGCCAGGAGGUGGAGGAUGCCCUGCAGCAGCGGUUGAGGGCUCUUAGGGCGUGA